UCCAUUUGAUGCACCUGUUGUCUCAGGGAAAGCGGUAGCAAGUUAGUGACAUUUAUAUUUGUUUAAAAUGUUACAAUGAAGAUCUAACUCGUGAUCUGGAAUUUACACUUUGAGGACAGCAAAAUGAAGAGAGGUGGUCUGAAUCUUUUGGGUCGAAAGAACCAAUCUCUUUUCGACACCAAUGUUGAAAUUAAGGAAAUCGAUAAUGUUGAACUUCAGCUGAACUCUUCAGCCAUCCCGGAAUCAGGCACUGCAAAAGUGAGAUCCAGACCAACGGUCAAGCUCUUCAGCUCCAGCACAUCUUCUACCGAAGCUGUGCAAGGCUUUGCUGUGCCAACUCCAAAAGUUCCUGUUCUGCCCCCCUUCAGUGGAUCUAAGAGUGAUGGAACAGGAAGCACUGAGAGACUACACAAUGGAGGAGUGAUGACUGUUCCUGACUUUGAUGGAGAAAUUGUCAUCCCCCCACCACCAUCCACUGCCCCUCCCCCCCCACCACCAUCCACUGCCCCUCCGCCCCCACCUCCUCAGUUUAACCCUCCUUCACCCAUGUUUGUACACUCCCCAUCCACAUACUUUCAUGAUCGAGAUAUUCCAGACGUAGCAUCUCUCCAGCCUCCAUCCAUGCCACCACCAAAACCCCCUUCAAAACCCCCCUCACUAACUGGGAGUGAUGACAUUGACCUUGCUUCUCUAAAGCCACCGCCAAUGGCUCCUCCAAAACCUCCCUCUGAUACACACAAGGCCUCUGUGCCCAUCUCUACUCCAAUGAGUAAUGACUUAGAUGUUCCCGAAUGUCCCAAGUUCACACCACCAUUGCCUCCUGUGGAGCAGCAUUCGACAAGAGCCCAGAAGACUCCUCCACCAAAGCCUGUUAGGAUGUCCUCCAUGCCUUUUAUAGAUGGACCAGCCUCUAACACAGCCACACCAACACCAUCAAGCUUCAAUCCCCAAAACACUGCCAAGCUAUAUAAUGUGCCAAAAAGCAGUUUCCUAGGGCAAAUUGACCGUGAGAAGAAGUCAAAUACCAUUUUAUUCUUAGAGGAUUCCUCUGGUAAAUCUGUCCAAGUCCAGGUCAAUGGAAAGGCCCCAGCAUCUACAAAGGACAUCAGUCCUCCCCAGACCAUUGUGCCGCCUGCCAAGCCGGCUCGUCGCAACAGCUCUGGCACUCAGUUAGAGGAAGAUGUCCAUGGUAUGAAAGAUCACUUACAGUCCUUGGUCCCUGACCAGCCAACCAAGUUAAGCGACAAUAUCGAGACACCUGUGCCAAUUGGAACAUCAGAGGAUAAAAACCCACCUCCUGUGAAAGGUUCACCCAAGAUUGAAAAACUUGAGGUGCGGACCACCUCAGUUGCUCCAGAGGUGAAUCAGGCAAAGUCCCAAAAUGACUCCGCAAGCAAGGAUUACAAAUUCAGUCCAUUACUCAGCCACAAACUUCAAAAUCUGAAAACUACAGAAGGAUCUGUACCAAAGGAGAAUGUAGCCUCGCCACUAGCUCUCUUAAUGGCUGCAAAAGAGCGGGAUAGGCAGCGGUCUGCUAUGUCAAGUCAGAACAGCUCAAGAAGGAGCAGUUAUGCAGAGUCUUCAAAUGUUGGCAUCCAACAAGGUGAAUCUAACUCCCCCACAGUUACCCCAAAGUCUAUGUCAGCCUCAUCCCAGUCAGCUCAAGACAGACUCCUUUCAGACCCAAAACCCCGCCUCCCAGUUGAGCCAAGUGUGACCAAACAGAAACCAAUUGAAUCCCAGAACCUAAAAGCUAGUGCCUCUCAGUCAGAACAGAGUCUUCCACUACCCUCUAGCAACCAAGUCAAUAAGGUUCCCAUGAGUCAGGAUGAAGACAGUGGGGAGAUUUCUGUGCCUUUCAUUCCUCCACCACCUGAAUUUGCCAACUCUGAUCCAGAAGACGAGGUUGAGCCUCCACCAAGCACCCCACCCCCUGAUCCCCCUGUCAACAAUGUCCGUGUCCCGACCAAAUCUUCCUCAACUACACCUGCAUCCCUCGCAAAUGGCCCCUCCACACUACCUAAGCCCAAAGUGCCAUGCCCUCCUAAAUAUCCAGCUGGAAGUGCUGAGGUCCAACCCAAAGUGCCAGUUGAGAGCAAACAUAAGACACUCCCAGCUCAAGCUCCACCUUCUGUAUCUGCCAGUCAGGCAACCCUGCUGAGCAUAUUACAGAAAAAGAUGAUGGAAAUGGACCCAAAAUUUGCACCAGUAAGAGAAGUGGACACCAGUGGAGAUGACUGGGGUUCACCCUUAUCUGAUGAGGAGUGUGAGAUUCCUGUCCCACCCAAAGUUACUCCCAAACCCAAGAGUGCCACCCUGCCUGCUCAAAGCCAUGGUAUGGUUUUGAAAGAGCUAGAGACAAAAGUGGCCCAGAGAGCUCAACAUUUCGGAGCAGCAGCAAAAUCCCCCAGCAGCAGUGGACCUCAUUCAAAGCAGCCUCACGGCCUGACCUUCACAGUGCGACCAGGAACCAAACAACCAAUCACUCUUGUCACUAAAGGAGACUCUCCGUGUUGAUCCAUGGCUCUCUGUGUGAAGUGCACCUGAGUGUGAUAGAGAAAUAUACACUCUUGGGUAUGAGCAAUGUUUAAAAUCUAAAAUACAUAGGGAAGCACUUAGGACAAGGCCCCGUUAACUCAUAGACAUUAUGUUACAUUACAUUCAUUUAGCUGACGCUUUUAUCCAAAGCGAGAGGUUGUUGGUUUUUCGCAGAUCAGCAGCUCAUGUUUUGUUGUUGCAAUGUUACUUAACCUUGAGGGGUUUUAUUUCUUUUAUGUGUUGCCAAGCUUAAGUGCCAACGUCACUAGAAGGAACUGGACACCCUUGGUGUAUUUCAUACCCUUGGCUACAGCAGUUAUAUCAGUGUGCUAUCAGAACAUUUUGCCUUAACCUCCAUACACAGUUCACUGAUUAUGUUAAGUGGCUGUAGAGGUGACUUCUCUGCUACUAGGUGUACGCUUGUUCAUCCAACUGGGUUGGAAGUUGCCUUUACAAAUUAUUUUUAGUCUUUUUAUGCAUCUGUAUUCUAGAAUUUAGUCGUGCAGUUGUCUCACCAGAGAUACUUUCAUCUAACACAUGUGCAGUUAUAAAAUAGACAGCCAUGCUGUGCCUAAUAGAAUUUUAUGUAAUUUUAAUAUAUAUAUAUAUAUAUAUGUGUGUGUGUGUGUGUGUGUGUAAAUAUGCCAUAUUACAUUCUUUGCUGCUUUUAUUUCCAUGAGGGUAUUUGUAUUUACAGUGGUGAAAAAAUACUUACAUAUCCUAAUUAAAUUAAUCAUUGACAUUACCAUAUUUUCUUCUAACGUAACUGGUUGAAAUAUGCAUACCAUGUGUA